CCUCCCCUCAAGGACCCAAAAGCCCCCUCUAACAGCAUUGUUUAAGGAGGCACAAGGGAGACCUAGUAUUUUUUAUCCUUAAAUAAUGAUUCUAUUUUCUGUAUUUUAGAUCAAAUGAAACACAAUCACUGUCAAAUAUUCAAACAUAUAAUCAGUUCUCCUAAUCCCCAGCACAUCAAACAUCGUGCAUUGUUAGUAGAGCAGGUCUGUCAUUCCGUUGGCAUCAGUGCGCCCACAGACUCCCUACAGGUCGCAUUAGAGACCAGCAGAUGAGCUCCUGGCUGAUCCCAGGCCUGCUCUCCGGAUGCGAGCGGACGUGCGUCGCAUAGUCUGGACGCCAUCCACUGACUGACAGACCCGUACUGACGCUCCCACCGCCGCGCACACACCACUGACAUGUUUGCCUUUGCGGGCUAACCGGCUGCUAAUAUUUGCGCGUCGUUCGGCAACACCGCGGAUGCGUAAUCAUUGUUGCGCCAUGCAGCCGCGCGACGCUGCCUGCCUUUUUUUCAUUCCUCGGAACGAACGGGAGAGCUCUCCUCUCCGCCAUGGCUGGAAACUGAGAUGUGUUUUCUGAGCCGCUUGUCGUCUGCCGAGCAGCGGCUGCCUUCCGAAAUGGUGCGCAAACCCGAGCCGGGCUGUUUCUGUACAGAGAAGAAUGGACGAACAGACAGGGCUGCGUUUUCCACCGCACACGUCUGAGAUGAAGGAUAAGAAGAAAAAAAGAAACAUGAAGUGAUUUUGGUUUGGGUUUUUUUUUCUGUGGGGAUGAUUGCUGAACAUUAGGAUGGAAUUUAUGUUUGAGUAGGUUUUUUUUCUGCUCUAGAGGCGGAGGAUCGCGUUGAUUGGGUUUUUUAUUCCGCCCUGGCAGGAUAAUACCGCUCGUCGAUGAAUUGAUGUGGGGACACGCUCUACUUCGGCUGCAUAGAUGGCAAACACAAGCGAGUUUGGGGAGAGCAGCCCGUCCUUACAGAACUAUGCGUCCACGGCCUCUGCGGUCAAGCUGGCCUCGCUGGGUCUGAUCAUGGGCAUCAGCCUCCUGGGCAACGCGUCUCUGUCGCUGCUGCUGCUGAGGGACAGCUCCCUGCACAAGGCUCCCUACUAUUUCCUGCUGGACCUGUGCCUGGCAGACGUGGUGCGCUCCGCGGUCUGUUUCCCCUUCGUGAUGGCAUCGAUCAGCGGCGGCUCGUCCUGGCCGUACAGCGCUCUCUGCUGCAAGAUCGUCGCCUUCAUGUCGGUGCUCUUCUGCUUCCACGUCGCCUUCUUGCUCUUCUGCGUCAGCGUCACCCGGUACAUGGCGAUCGCCCACCACAGGUUCUACUCCAAGCGGAUGAACCUGUGUACGUGCGUGGCGGUGAUCUGCAUGGUGUGGACGCUCUCCGUGGCCAUGGCCUUUCCUCCGGUUUUCGACGUGGGCACCUACAAGUUCAUCCGUGAGGAGGAGCAGUGCGUCUUCGAGCACCGCUACGUGAAGGCGAACGACACCCUGGGCUUCAUGCUGAUGCUGGCGGUGAUCGUGGGGACGACCCAUGUGGUUUACGUAAAGAUGCUGUGCUUCGUCUACGACCACCGCAAGAUGAAGCCGGCUCAGCUGGUCCCAGCCAUCAGCCAGAACUGGACCUUCCACGGCCCGGGCGCCACCGGGCAGGCCGCCGCCAACUGGAUCGCCGGCUUCGGCCGCGGACCGACCCCCCCGACGCUGGUGGGCAUCCGGCAAGCUUCUCACCCCGGCAACAGGCGGCUCCUGGUGCUGGACGAAUUUAAGAUGGAGAAACGCAUCGGGAAGAUGUUCUACAUGAUCACGCUGACCUUCCUCGUUCUGUGGGCUCCUUACAUAAGCGCCUGCUAUCUGAGGAUAUUUGUGCGGGGGGCUCCGGUCCCGCAGCUCUACCUGACCGCUGCGGUGUGGAUGAGCUUCGCCCAGGCAGGGGCGAACCCCAUCAUCAGCUUCCUGUUCAACAAGGAGCUCCGGAUGAGACUCAGAGCCUGCUUCCCCUGCUGCCUGGGCACACAGACCCCCAUGGAGCCCUACUGUGUCAUCUGAGCUGCACUUGACCCCCAACCCCCCCAAAAAUAUACUGCCAAAGACCAGUUUUACACCUCUUUCAGAAUGUACACAGAGUGCUCCCCAUCCUGCUGGUAGACCUGCAGACAGGGAUGCUGUUGCUGUUUACAUUUCUAUUUGUGGCAAAGGGGUUUAGGCUGCCCACUAUUUUAACCCGAGGAAACUUUACUAUGGUGUAAAUUCAUAUUAUAUUUUACUUAUCACAACCAUUUUAUUUUAAUGUGCUGCUUUAAUAAGAAUAUCUGAGGUUAUGACCGAGCCACCUUCUCAUUUCCGUCUCUGCAUGUACUCUAGGUGACAUUCAUUCCAAAUGUAGGACAUGCGAUGAACACGUGUCACGCUGCGUCCUACCUUUGGAGACGUUUCUCCCCUCUCCAUCCCCUAAAGACUCUGCAACAAUCAUUUCCACGAAUGUCACUUUUUAUUUGUAUAUUUUGAAUUCAUAUUCCCAUUUGAGGUAGUUUUCCCACCGCAGGAUUAUUUUAUCAUCAUUUGGAAACAGGCUAUAUUUGUAACAAGGGUAAUUUCACAUCUGUAAAUACUGUAAAGCCCCUUCACGCGUUUCAUUUUUAGCCAGAUAUGUUGUAUAUUUCAUAAUCACAUCAGGUUUGUUUUGAUGAACGACGCUUCAAACUCUCACUUUAAAAGUAUUUUGCAAAUUCUUCUCCUCCUCCUCCUUCUUCUUCUUCUUCUUCUUCUACUCCAUUAGACGGGUUGACACAUUCUCAGACAUUCUUUUUCUACGGACACGGACAGUGGGACUCUGGGAAAAUGUGAACAAUUUGGUGCUUUGGACAGGAUGUUUGCAUUGUUUGUAUUUCUUAGCAAAUAAAUAAGAAAUGGAUUAUAA